UCGAAAGGGGAGGGAAUUGUUUACGUCGGUAAAAUGCUGGGCACGAAGGAAAACCCUGCGCGAAAAAUUUAAACAUUGUGGAAUCUGUCUGUGUUGAUGGUCAGUGACAAUGGUUGGAAGAAGUUCGCCCCAGCCUCUUUUUGCAACAAUGAGUGACACGAUUGUUGUUUCGCCAGCAGGGCUACCCUAUCUGAAACUCACUGAUGACAGCGGUACCGAAAUCACAGAUCAUGCUUUCCAAGAAUGUCAUCGCCCACAGGAAAAACAAAUUGCACAAACAGCAAGAUGUAUGUCUGUAUCGAAUCUCAAUGAAAAAAGAUUGAAGCACUCAGACGAAGAAGUUACGAAAAUGAGAAACAAAUUCCUCAUUCUUACUAGAAAUAGAGCAAUUUUUAAGCAACUAGAACAAUACCAAAAAUGGACACUUGCCCUUAUAUGUACUGUCUAUUUUGUUUGCUUCUGCACAAUCGCCAUGCUCUCUACAUUUUUUUAUGAGAUAGCCAUUUUGCACAAUAUUUCCACCAGCACUUAUGGUCUUAUUUUCAGUAUUCAUCCAGCAGUAGUGUUUUGUACUUCUCCUUUCAUUGGUCACAUCACACCAUCCAUUGGUCCAAAAUUUAUGUUUACAUCAGGAGUUUUCCUUUUUGGGAGUUGCAAUCUCUUAUUUGGAACUCUCGAACAUGUGAAGGAUGAUACAAAGUUUACCAUCCUGUGUUUAGUUGUGAGAGGAUUGGGAGCUGCUGGGGCUUCAGCUUUCUCUACAGCAGGAACCACUUAUGUUGCCAAAUUAUUUCCUGAUAAAAUUAGUAUAAUUAUGGGAAUUUUAGAGACAUUUAUUGGCUUGGGAUUCUCUGUUGGACCUCUUUUGGGGGGAUCUCUAUUCACAUUGGGAGGAUUACAGCUUCCCUUCUACGUUAUGGGUUCUGUAAUGCUACUGACGUUGCCGUUCAGCAUAAUUUUUCUGCCAAAAACAGAAUAUUGUCAUGCUAAAGAACCCGUUGGAACUAAAGUAUUGGCCAUAAUUUUCAAAGUGCCAACUGUUCCUAUCAUAUGCGUGGUGAUUGCUGUUUCAUCAUGUGCGUGGAGUUUUUUAGAACCCACGCUAGUUAUUCGGAUGGAACAGUUUCAGUUGGGCCCAAUGCAACUUGGCCUGCUAUUCCUUGUCACUUCAGUCAGCUCAGCAAUCUCAAGUCCUAUAUGGGGCUGGUUGGUAAGCAAGUAUAACCACGGAAGUAUGAUGAUGAUUAUUGGGUUAUCAAUCACUGCCAUUGGCUUGCUUUUACUUGGACCAUCUCCACUCUUACCACAAAUCCCUAAUGUGUUAUGGCUCAAUAUUUUAUCCCUAGUCCUGAUUGGAACUUUUGUAGCCUUGGCUUAUGUACCAACAUACCAAGCUUUACUUCAACAUGCAGUGCAAGUAGGUUGUGAGACGGAAAUGAGUACAUAUAGCGUGAUUGCAGGUUUGUGGGCGUCAAUGUAUUCUUUAGGGGAGGUUUUAGGUCCGUACAUUGGCAGCAUUCUAGUUGACGUGUAUAACUUCCCCCUCGCGAUAACAGCUAUCGGAUUACUGAAUUUGGCCGUCGCUCUCGUAUUGCUAGUCUACGUAACGUUUUCCGCCUCUCGGUCAAAAACAACCUCGUCUACCCAGUCCCCGCCAUUGUUGCCGAAAGAAACCGAUUCCAAUGUUGUGCAAAUUGGGAAAACGGCUUCCAUAACCAUCGGCAUCAACGAUGAACGCGAACGGCUUAUCCAAGACGACGAAUCUACUCAAACGUAUGGAACAACUUGCUAAUGUUUUCGAAUUUUCAUGUUGUUAAGACACAAUUUGCGUUGAAACGUUAGUGACAAAUUUACCAUAGCCAAAUAGUGUCUACUUAAAAUGUAAAAAUAUAAAUCAAUUGUACUUGA